GAGCCGGGAGGGAACGCGCUGCGGACGGACGUCAGAGACGCGGCUCGGGACACGGGCGGACCCGGCACGCGCCAUGCUGAGCCUGCUGCUGUUCGCCGCGCUCCUGGUGGCCGUGCUGGUGCGCGUCUUCCUCGAGAGCAGGAAGAACUACCCGCCGGGUCCGUUCAACAUCCCGUUCCUGGGCAGCCUGCAGCAAGGAAGGCUCAUAAACACCGUGGUGCACGAUGAGAUGAAGAAGUUAAGCGAUCAGUACGGCAAUCUCGUAUUCCUCAAGAUACUCAUGGACCAGCCGGUGCUCAUUAUUCGAGGGUACGACCUGGUGAAGGAGGCCACCCACAGCCGCGCCUUCUCCGGCGUCGGCCGGCCGCUGACGUUCAAAGAGCACGGCCUGCACCGGCGGAUGGGGCUCAUCUUCUCGGACGGCGACAACUGGCAUCAGAUGCGACGCUUCUCACUCCGCGCGCUGCGCGACCAGGGCUUCGGCCGCAAGGACCCGAGCACGCCCAUAGCGUGGUGGAUGAUCAGCCGCCGCGUGACCUGGUGGAGGCGUUCCUCCAGCAGCAGCGCGAGCAGCGGCCCCCCGCAUCGUUUCACGAAGGACAACCUGCGCUGCCUGCUCAAGGAUCUGCUGAUGGCCGGAAUGGAGACGGUCAACACCGUCAUGGAGUGGGUCAUCCUGAUACUGGUGUUGCAUCCAGACGUGCAGGCACGCGCCGCCGCCGAGGUGGACGAGGUGGUCGGCCAUGACCGUACGCCUGCCAUCGACGACAUGCUGGCCAUGCCCUAUCUGGAGGCCGUGAUCGAGGAGACGAUGCGCUGGAUGCCCGCCCUGCCUAUCGUACAGCAUGCCACCACCUUCGGAGCCACGCAGCUCGGCGGCCGCCACGUGCCGGCGAACUGUCGCGUGUUCAUCGACCUGAGAAGCGUGCUGCACGACGCGGCGUUCUGGGGAGACCCGGAGUGCUUCCGACCCGAGCGCUUCUUGGCGCCGGACGCGGCGCACCUCAAGGAGCGGCUGCUCGGCUUCGGGUUCGGCCUGCGCCGCUGCAUCGGCGAGACGCACGCGCGCCAGGCGCUGUUCCUGUUCACGGCCGGACUGCUGCAGAGGCUGCGGCUGCAGCUGAGUCCCGGUCAGGCCGACCCCAGCCGGCCGGGGCCCAGCCUGGUGCUCAAGCCGCAGCCGUACCGCAUCACCGUCCAGACCAGGGAAUGAGCCGCACCGGAGGCGGCAGCGGCGGCAGAGGAGGAGGACAUCCCGCCGUCGGAGGAACGAUGCUCUGUGCUGCCGGAGGCGGCAGCGGUGGCGGAGGAAGAGGGGCAUCCCGCCGUCGGAGGAGCGAUGCUCUGUGUGACCACGGUAUGAGCGACGGUUGUCAUGGACUGCCCUUGACCUUGCCUAGAUGCUGCAAGAGCUCUCUUUUCGCCUAACAAUAACACUCGCUUCUCGGGCUGGCACUGCCUCUCGCCGCGCCAAUGAGCAGCAGAGAUGAGGCGAAGCCCACAGAAAACAACAUCGAAAGGACACAUGACUGAACGGCUCACCUUUUGCCGACCCAGUGAUGUGAGGCCAAAGAGGGCCCGAAUCUCAAAACACCUCAUCGUGGCAAACAGAAAAACGUAGCAUGCGAGUCUUUAUCCUAUUUAGUUCAUACUCAAAUGUGUUUCAAUGCCCUUGCGUCUCUGACAUGGAAUCUGAGCCGCCUAUUACCCUUCUCAAAAUUGUUUAAACCAAAGAUGACUGAAGGUGGUGUUGUCGUGGCAAAUAUUCCGGGUUAAUCGUAUGUAUCCAUUUAUAAACAUAAGCGCGGUCCCUGUGAAACUGGACGACUUUGACGAGCAUUUUUAUAAAGUUUCUCACAAACAUG